GCGCGAAACUUCCUUGUUGGAGAAAGAUUUAGAAACAGAAUUGGAACUCUGAACAAUCCUAAUUAAAACUCAGAUUCUACGAGGCGAAAUUCUCAAAACAGAAGAAGAUGUGGUUCCGAGCGCUUUGUCUUGCGCUCAUCGUGCUGAGCACAAAUGGAUUCAAAAUUCGUUCACGUUUUCAUCGGCGUCAGUCGGGAACGUUUGACCCCUCGAGCAUGAAUAGUCUCCCCUUCAGCGGUAAUCCCUUCAACUCUCAACCGACGUACAACCAACAGAAUUCCACCUCCGUUAAUCAGACGCAGAGUGGUUCCCAGCCCUCAAACAAUCCUUUUAACACACAGCCAAGCGCCGGUCAAAUGAGCAACGCCGGAUAUAAUCCCGGUGGAAGCGGUCAAAAUUUGCCCGGAAGCGCUACGACGUCAAAUCAAAUGAGCGCGUCCGGUUUCAACUCUGGCUCUCCGAUGUCCGGGAGCCAGUACGGAACCAACGGAAGUAGCUCCCCUAUAGGGUACAUGAACCCGAACAUGAAUAUGAAUCCUUUUGGACAGCCGACCGGAAAUGGGUCAACGAGCACCGCGGGUUUUAAUGGUGGCGGUCAAUUUAACCCGGGAAUGCUGGGGAGCAUGUUCCCAUCGCAAAAUGGAAGUUUUAAUCCGAAUCAAUUAUUUGGCCGAAGGCACUUAGAACGUCGGCAGACCGUACCGCCAACAUCAAGCUCCUCCUCUUCCUCCUCCUCCUCGUCUUCGUCGUCCUCGUCGAGUGGCAGCAGUUCCCCCGGCGGAUCGCCGCCAUUGGGAGGCACCAGUUCCGGUAGCUCGAGUUCCGGGCUGUCUCAAAACAUGCAGCCGCCUUCCUCCUUCAUUGAUCCAUCGCAGUUCAUCAGUGGAGGAGGCGGCGGUAGCCCAAGCAGCAGCAGCGGUAGUGGCAGCAGCUCCGGAAGUUCCUCAUCCAGCAGCUCGUCUGGCUCUUCCAGUAGCGGAUCCUCUAGUGGUUCAGUGCCCAGUUACGACCCUAACAAGGUGAACCAGAUCACAGCCAACUUCCUGGACCCGUCCAAGCUCCAGCUCGGACAGAGCGGCGGCGGCGGUUCAGGCUUCAACCCGGACCAGUUCAACUCUCAAUCAUUCAGCUUCUUCAACCCAUCGGCUAUGGUGGGGAAAAGACGAGCUAAUUACAUAAGGCGCCAGUCGUCCCCCAGCGCUCCUAGCAGCAGCAGUAGUGGAAGCUCAUCCGGAAGUUCCUCAAGUGGCUCGAUACCCAGUUUCGACCCCAACAAGGUGAACCAGAUCACGGCCAACUUCCUUGACCCGUCAAAACUUCAGCUGGGACCAAGCGGCGGCGGCGGUGGAGGUUUCGACCCGGACCAGUUCAACUCACAAACCUUCAACUUCUUCAACCCGUCAGCUUUAAUGGGGAAAAGACGAGCUAAUUACAUAAGGCGCCAGUCGUCCCCCAGCGCUCCUAGCAGCAGCAGUAGUGGCAGCUCAUCCGGAAGUUCCUCAAGUGGCUCGAUACCCAGUUUCGACCCCAACAAGGUGAACCAGAUCACGGCCAACUUCCUUGACCCGUCAAAACUUCAGCUGGGACCAAGCGGCGGCGGCGGUGGAGGUUUCGACCCGGACCAGUUCAACUCACAAACCUUCAACUUCUUCAACCCGUCAGCUUUAAUGGGGAAAAGACGAGUAAGCUACAUAAGACGUCAAACAUCCCCAAGUGCACCUGGUGGUAGUUCCAGCAGCAGCAGCAGCGGCAGUAGCAGCAGCAGCGGAUCCGGAAGUCCCCCAAAAUACGACCCUAACAGCGUAAACCAAAUCACCGGUAACUUUCUCGAUCCCUCCUCUCAGAAGCUCGGGGCCAGCAACGGCGCUGCCGGCGGUUUUGACCCAGAUCAGUUCAACACUCAGAACUUUAAUUUCUUUAACCCACAGUCGCAGUCGGGUGGUGGCGGCGGUGGCGGCAGCAGCAGCAGCAGCGGGAGCGCACCGAAGUUCGACGCUAACAAGGUCAAUCAGUUGCAGACGAAUUUCCUUGACCCAUCCACAUCAAAGCUUGGUCAGAGCGGUGGAGCGGCUGGGGGGUUCGAUCCCGACCAGUACAACUCUCAGACCUUCAACUUCUUCAACCCACAGGCGCAAGUGGGACGAUAAAAGCAAGUCGGUGUUUACUGUAACGAAGAGAAUGUAGGGAAAUAAAGUGUUUGAAAACAAA